CUUGACCCUGCUUUUCUCUGCCAGUUCUGUCUCUCUCCCUGCCCCUGCCUCUCACUUCUCCCCCACUCUGUGUUGGGUUGAAGGGUGUGGCAAGGGCCAGGGGCACUGGUGGUGUUACAGAGCCAGUAGCCUCUGCUGAUUUGGGGAGUCCAGAAAUAAGGGGCCUCAGGGUUGGAAAUUUAUUUCUGGGGGGCCCUUUGCUGGGGCGGUAGUAAGGAUAAUGGGACUUGUACCCCAUGGAGCAGAUCAAGCAGGAACUAUGAAGGCUUGUGGGAGGGGGCAAGAAGGGGAGGAUUCCGUCUGGCCCAGCCCCUCCUCUCCUUCCCAGCCUGCCCGACCCGCCCACCAGGCUGAGCUGCUGCUGCUGCUGCUGGUCAGCUUGAAGUCUCCGGGAGAGAGGGAAAUACAGGUGGGGAGACCAUGUCAAUGGGGGAUCAGCUUUAGAAUGAGUGUGAGUUGGGGAAGUGGUGUGUGAGGGGUGUUGGUGUGGGAGGUAGUAGGGAUAUAUUUAAGGUACAGUUUCUAGGUGCAUGGUUUUGAGUGUAGGGUGUGGGGGGGUGUAAUGGUGAGUAUCUGAGGCUUUGAAGAUAGAAAAACUAAGAAGAGAGGGCAUGUUACAGAUAGGAGGGUCCUGGAGGAGAGUUAACUGUGUUGUGUGGAGGGAGUGGUCGGGGUGUGCACUUGCAUGAUGCUGGAACCGUGUGUGCUGAAUGAAGGGGUCACAUUAAAUGUACACGCAGGUGUAGACGGUCCUGGUGGCUAAUGCAAGUGUGUACAAAUGAACGUGCUGACUCCCUUAGAGGGCACUAGCAGACUGCUCUUGGAGGGCUGGAGCUGGAGUGCUUACAGGAGAGGGGAAGGAACUCUAUUAACCUCUUCUUGCCUGCAGCCUGCAGGGUUUGGAGUCAAGGAGAAUCAUGGCAUCCAGGGAUGAACUGUACACUCUCUUAGGCGGACUCUCAUUCCUCCUGCUACUGAUGUCAGUCCAGGGGGCCAAGGGUGGAUCCCUCAAAGAGAGUCAGGGGGUCUGCUCCAAGCAGAUGCUGGCGGUCCCCCUCCACUACAAUGAGUCCUACAGCCAACCAGUGUAUAAGCCCUACCUGACCGUGUGCAAUGGAAGGCGCAUCUGCAGCACCUACAGGACCACAUACCGAGUGGCAUGGAGGGAGGUGAGGAGGGAGGUGCAGCAGACCCACGUUGUGUGCUGCCAAGGGUGGAAGAAGCGGCAUCCAGGGGCGCUCACCUGUGAUGAAGCCAUCUGCGCCAAGCCCUGUCUGAACCAAGGCAUCUGCGUCAGGCCAGAGCAGUGCGAGUGCGCCCCAGGCUGGGGUGGGAAGCACUGUCACGUGGACGUGGAUGAGUGUAGGGGUGGCAUCACCCUCUGCUCGCACCAUUGCGUCAACACGGCAGGCAGCUUCACCUGCAGCUGUCCCCAAGGUCUGGUGCUGGGCCCAGAUGGGCACACCUGCGCAGAGGGGGUCCUGGAACCCCCACCCGGCGCCAGCAUCCUCAGUGUGGCGGUUCGGGAAGCAGAACAUGACGAGCGCGCCUGGAGGCGGGAGAUUCAGGAGCUGCGAGGGCGCCUGGAGCGGCUGGAGCAGUGGGCUGGUCAGGCCGGGGCCUGGGUCCGAGCUGUACUGCCCAUGCCACCUGAAGAGCUACAGCCAGAAAAGGUGGCAGAGCUAUGGGGCCGCAGCGACAGGAUCGAGUCUCUCAGUGACCAGGUGCUGCUGCUGGAGGAGAGGCUAGGCGCCUGCUCCUGUGAAGACAAUAGGCUGGGCCCAGGCCUCAGUCGGCCGAAAAGGAACCUCUCCAGAGCCCCGGUCCCCGUCCCCUAAUUUAUACAGAAACUGGCCCCACUAAUCCUCUGGGAUCAGCCAGGUGGGGAAGUGCGGAUAAGGUUAUCUGCCACUAAGGAGCGAUGAGUGAUGGAAACUUCCAAGAACUGAAGGGAGGGAGGGAAGAUGGGUGCCUUGGGUGCACCCGAGUCUUCUGGCUGGGGCAGGUUGCCUGGGCGAGAACCACAUUAAUGCCUUAACAAAUGCAGCCAGAAAGUGCCCAGAUCUCUCUCUCUCUCUCAAUCUUUAUUCUCGGUUUCUUGCUGUUAUCCAGAUAAUUAAUAAAAACAAUCACGCAAAACUGGG